UUCAUACAUGCUGUAAGAAGCUCGUCGGUUUGUCUACGUACUACUGUACUACACAAACAAACAAAAACAUGAACUACAGUGCGUGAACCAUGAACAACGUCAAAGGAUUAUGAAGAUGCCCAAGGCGACUGAGGCACCUGGGGUGUGGAAAGUUUGAUGGUUUUAAAUCGCCUAGAAUUCCACAUUCAAGGCAGAGUCCAGCGGUGACGUGCACGCUUGACACAACCGGCAGACGCGGUGAGGGGCUACGAUGAGCCCGAAGCUGUCCCGCUUGACGUAGCCGCCCGAGCUGCGGCGUUUUAUGGGCAACACCGACACGAAACGGAGUCGAACUCAGGAGCACGCAGCAGUGGCGGCGGCGCACCGGCGAUGGAGUUCGACGCAGUCGCAGCUGAGCUGGGCGAGCCAGCAGAGCGUGCAGUCGGUGGCGAGUGCCCAGCGUCCCUGGUCGCGGGCGUGCACGCUGGGGAGGCGCCGUUGGCAGCCCUCGAGGGACCCCUGGGCCGAUUGGGGCUCGUCCAAGACCCCCUGGCCCCUGACCCUGGCCGAGUCGCUCUUCCUGCCAGAGUUUCCCGUGCGCAGCCGGGUGCAGGAGACCUCCUUUCAGAAAGUGAAGCUGCUGUCUGCGAGCGGCUUUGGUUCUGUCCACCUGGUCCGGGAGAAGGAGACGGGCAAGUGCUACGCCAUGAAGGUGCUCUCCAAGGCCCAGAUUGUGAAGGAGCAGGCCAUCCAGCAGUGCAAGGACGAAGUCACAAUUCAGGCGGUGCUGGGUCGGCACCCCUUUGUGGUUCCCUGCAUGCACCACUGGCAGACGCGGAAGCAGCUCUUCAUAGUCACGGAGUACGUCCCCCACGGGGAGCUGCGUCUUGCCUGGAAGGCGCUGGGCGGUUUCUCCGAGAAACUUGUGCGGCUGCUCAUCGCGGAGCUGGCUCUAGUAUUGGACUUCCUGCACUGCGCCGGAGUCAUCUACAGGGACCUCAAGAUGGAAAAUGUGCUUCUAGAUGAGGAUGGGCAUGUGCAGCUGAUUGACUUUGGGUUGGCUCGCUGGCUCAGCUAUUGCGGAAGGGCGCACACCGUCUGCGGGACCAUGCAGUUUAUGGCCCCCGAGGUGCUUGGAGCUCAGCCGUAUUGCCACGCGGCUGACUGGUGGUCCCUGGGCGUCAUGAUGUACACCCUGCUUGUGGGACGCUACCCUGUGGAGCCUUGCAGAGACCAUGUGCAGAUGAAGCAGCUGGUGGCAGAGACAAGCUACGAGCUCCCCAAGGGCUUCUCCGACCCCGCCAGAAAAGUUGUUCGCAAGCUGCUGUGCAAGCUGCCGCAGAAGCGCCUCCAGUCGCUGCACCAGCUCAAGUGGGAGCCUUUCUUCAGGGAGGUGAACUUCGACGACGUGCUCCACAAAAGGAUCUCCCCAAAGAAAAUACUCGAGUCAGAGCAGAACUCAAGGAAAAUGGGCCCGACUCAAAAAGGACCAGCCGAGUCUCAAGAGGGACCGGUCCAGGCGUUUGCCGGAUUUUCGUGCAUAGUGGAAUCCUGAAGGAUCCUCUCGGGGAAAAGGAAAGACAGCGAAAGUUUACAACCGGACUUUUCACUUGUCAAGUGCCGAGAAGAAGCGCUGCUUGUAGGGAUUUGGCUCCCUGAAAGUUCAAUGCUGGAACACGUGUGCCAAAAACCCAAACAAGACUGCACGAAAUUUGGGACUCGUUAAAAUUGUUCCAAACUAUUUUGGAAACAUUUGGUGUUUUAAGGAACAAAACGUGAGGGUGCAAGUGAGCUGGUGUAAGUUUAUGAUUGUAGAAUUACCCAGACUUGAGACUUCUUUUCUUGUUCCUGUCGUUUUUCUGCCGUCACUGCAAUCUCGGGUAAUUCUACUAUUAUGGGAGUUUUGCUGCUUGCAAAUUGCAAAUGUAGUUUUGUUAAAAGCAUAUUUAUGAUUUUUGUAUAUAUGGUAAAUACUCGAGUGAGGUUGGGUUUUAGAAAAUUGAUCUAAAACUAGAUAUGUGCAUUUUAAAUUUUGUGCGGUUUGGUUGAUUUUUUUUUCACGCGUGUUUCCGCUUUUAGAGUGAUCAUGCGAAACACAACAUAGGAAUGGCAAGGGUUUUCAGGCACCUACUCCUAAGCUUGGGAAGUAUGCACAGCCAUCAUAGCAACACCACCUAGGAGACAAGGCCUUUCCCCCUUGAAUGUCAUCACCAGCAGAUCCACGCAGUGCAACAUGGCUCGAUUCGACGACGCCGCUAGUGCAUCUCGCAGAGUCUCCCAACGAGCGCGACGCUAGCAUGCGGCAACGCC